AUGCCUCGUGGCCAGAAGAGCAAGCUCCGUGCCCGCGAGAAGCGCCGCCAGGCACGUGCUAAAAAUGCACUGGAGGAAGAAGCCUCUCCAGGUCCUUACUAUGGGUGUCCACAUCAGGCUAUUCCUGUUGCCAGUAUGCCUACACCUCCUGACAUGCCAAUGGAAGAAGAUUCAAUCUUUUCGUGCGCAUAUGCAAAAUCAAGUGCCCAAAACCUAGAUGAGAAAAGUUCAGAUGAUUCUGAGGAUGCUGAAGACUGGUGUAAAGAUCCUAUAAACCACAAAGUCGUCUUACUGGUGCAGUUCCUGAUAGAGAAGUAUCAAAAGAAAGAGGUUAUUACAAAGGCAGAUAUGCUGAAGUCUGUUGUCAAAACAUCUAAGAACCACUUCAAUGAGAUCCUAAAGAGAGCCUCAGAGCACAUGGAACUGGCAUUUGGUGUUGAUCUGAAGGAAGUGGAUCCAACCAGGCACUGCUAUGCCCUUUUUAACAAACUAGAACAUACCUUUGAUGGAGUGCUAGGUGAAGAAAAAAUGCCCAAUAGUGGCCUCCUAAUGAUUGUGCUGGGUGUGAUAUUCAUGAAAGAUAACUGUGCCCCUGAAACAGAGAUCUGGAGUGUGCUGAAUAUGAUGGGUGUCUAUGCAAACAGAAAACACUUCAUCUAUGGAGAUCCUAAGAAGGUCAUCACUGAAGACAUGGUACAGCUAAAGUACCUGGAGUACCGCCAAGUGCCCAACAGCAAUCCUCCAUCAUUUGAAUUCAUGUGGGGACCAAAAGCCCAUGCUGAUAUCAGCAAGAUGAAAAUCUUGGAGUUUUGGGCCAAGAUCCAUGAUACUACACCAGAUUCCUUCUCAACCUUAUAUGAAGCAGCUUUGAGAGAUGAAGAAGAGCGAGCCCAAGCCAGAGCUUCAGCCAGGGCUCGCACUGCUGCAAUGGCCAGCCCAUAUUCAAAAGCCAUGGUGCGCAGCUCCUCCCAUGAUAAGUAA